AUGUUUUGUUUUUGCCCAGAUUGGCUCCUAUAAGUCUGUGGGAGGUAAAAAUGCUGCCAGUGAAUUGAGCUUAUUUAUUGGUUUUUCAGCUAAAGCUAAUUCAUAUGAAUCUGACCUGAGCUACUUCAACGCGCCUUCUUUCCAAAUCCUCCUACUCCUUUGGUUUUGGCUAAUCGUCGGGUUUAGCUUCACACCAGACGACGAGUGACUUCUGUGGCUUCAGUUCCUUCCGUUUUCUGAGUUUUGCUCAUUUGCUUUGGCGCUUGUAUUUCUACCUGAAGGCCACGCCUUCCAGCUAAAGGAAAACCGAAAUCUUGACUAGAAAUUGACCUAUUUGAUUGAACUGGCCCUUUUAGCUGCAUCCUCAAGACACUUUAGACCCACUUUUGAGGCUCUAUGAAUAACAAAUCUUUUUUCUUUUUUUCAUCGAUGCCUGUAAAGAUCAUUGCAUCAUAUCUGGGCCACUGUUUAAUAAACUCUGGAGGGACCACUGCGGGACUGAAUGACACCAAGGCUGCGUCAGCGUAACCUCAGAUGCAUGGUGUAUGAUGCAACAAACCUCAUAAACCCUGUAAAUCCCCUGGUGCGCCAGGAUUGUGAUUUUUGAUUAACAGGUUGGCUCAGUGCUAAUCUGCUCCUCAGAUAUGGACGACAAUGCAGCCUCCACCCAGCGCUUACAGGCAUCUGAAACCUUCCAGCGGACUGGAGCAGCUCCAGUGGUUGUUUUACAGGGUGAUAAAACCGAGAGAGCAUGUCCAACAGCAUCUACUGACAUUUUGAAACACAAUAAUCGUAAUCUAGUAUGAGUAGUUCAUUGUGUUUGUAAUAUACAAUCUUGGCGUAGAGCAAUGGGAUUGAAAAGUUACAGAGAAUCUAUUUUCUGCCAAAUGAACUGUUCCUUUUUUUACCUAAAAGAUUAGUUAUUUGUGACCACAGACUGUUAACUUCUUGCACAGCUGCAUCAGUUUCCUCUUGACUUCAGUUCUCUCUCUCUUAAAUGUAGCUCGAUAUCUAAAGGACUAUGUAAGGGGAUGACUUCUGAGAACCUGUCUGUUUCCAAAACCGAUAACAAAGUGUUCACGAAUACAUUUGUACACCAGCGUGACAAGGAGGUUGACCGCUUGAGGUCGGCAAAAGCUGGACAUUUAAGAGUUAAGUUAAUUUUUAAAGGCCUAAGGACAGUAAACCAGUCUGAACCAGACGUUCGUCAGUGUCUGGUCCAAAUAUUUGUACGUGGACUCAUUGCAAAGACUGUGGCACACCUAAUCACAACCCUAAACCUAAACCUAACCCUCUUCAUACUUUUAGUGUGAGUUAAUCAUUCAAAAAAAAGGGUUAAAUAAUUAACAUGGAGCCCUAGGACUGGCUAGGAAGCUAGGGAGAGAUGCUAACCUUACAGUUGGGUGGCUCACCAGUGCAUCCAUUCUGAACUACCAGUCAAGAGUUUGGACACCUGUAACCCCUAAUCUAACCCUAGCCAUAGCCAUAGCCAUAGCCAUAACCAUAGCAUAGCCAUAGCCCUAACCCUAGCCAUAGCCAUAGCCAUAGCCCUAACCCUAGCCAUAGCCAUAACUGUAACCCUAACCCUAGUCCGAACUCGUUAUUGUGAAAAUAUUUCCAUAUGAGAAAAUCUAAAUGAGAUGGAGAUGGAAAACACUCUUUACUUGGGCGUUGGUUUGCUUUCACCACAUCCUAAAACUGCCAUCAAAGAUGCGACUGUUGGCAACCUUGGACAUAAACCUAGUGUCCACUGAGAAACCUAGUGUCCGUCCUUGAGUAGGAAGUUACAAAGCACUUGUUAGCGCAUGCAAGAGAUGAUUAGCGGUCACACUGCUAGUAUUAGCAUCUGGGAGCUCACAGAGAGCGGCCACUAGCAUUUCCCGCUUUUCCGCAUUAACCACGACCAGACAACAACAACACAAGAAAAAGGUGAUGAGUCGAGAAUUCCCAACCAACAACGCAGUAUGUAAGAGCCUUGCUACCGUUGAAAGCGGCACGUUUACACAAGCACACUUUGGAUUACCGUAAUUACAUCAUGGUUUCUGAAAGUUGAGACGUUGCACUUUACAGCCAAUAUAGUGUCAUUACGGUAGUUUUGCUGGAGUCUCUCCCAGAUGGUUAUUACACUUAUGAAAUGAAGGAAAGUGUGAGUAAGUGCUGGGUGUUAGAAGUUGCAGGUAUUCUGGAGGAAGAAAUUGGUCAAAAGCACUUACUAACGCGACAUUUUCUGACACUUACGAAAAAAAAAGUCCAGUAAUAAAGGUAUUUUCAACUUCCUGAGCAGCGAAACGCAACUGAUAACGAUCCAACCUGUAACUCAGGGUAGUGGGAGUGUGUGAGUGACAAUGCAGCAGGUUGUGUUGUGGUAGUGGCUUGUCCACCCUUCAUUGUCCCUUUAUCGUCACAUUCUGAUUCUAGGUCAGUAGAAAAGACUCCUCUAUUUUUGUCCACGUAAUCCCUCCUAAGAAUGCACACACCCCUUUGCCGUGCGUGCAUCCGUGCGUCGUCUGCAGCGUGUUAAUACCUCCCGCACGUUACGCACUAAUCCACUCUGCAAGACCGUCCUGCCCGGGUCUCAUCCCCCAACACGACCGUACGCUGCGCACACGUCCACCUUGGCCCGGACAGUCGUACACACUUUGGAUAUAUUUUGUCCCUAGGGGUGUUUUGGCACCCAUGAGCACAGGGAUGGUGGUUGGAGCAACAGGCCAGUCGGACAGUAACACCAGUUUCCUGCGAGCGGCAAGGGCAGGAAACAUCGACAAAGUUUUGGAAUACCUGAAAGGGGGUGUCGACAUCAGCACCUGCAAUCAGAAUGGUCUUAAUGCACUGCACCUGGCGGCCAAGGAGGGCCACGUGGAUCUGGUCCAGGAGUUGCUGGAGAGAGGCGCGGCGGUUGAUUCGGCCACAAAGAAAGGAAACACAGCUCUUCACAUAUCGUCCCUGGCUGGUCAGGUGGAAGUGGUGAAAAUCCUGGUCAAACGAGGAGCCGACAUCAACGCACAGUCUCAGAAUGGAUUCACGCCACUGUACAUGGCAGCCCAGGAGAAUCACCUGGACGUGGUUCGGUACUUGCUCGAGAAUGGAGGCAACCAGAGCACCGCUACUGAGGAUGGCUUCACCCCUCUGGCCAUCGCCCUCCAGCAGGGACACAACCAGGUGGUUUCUAUCUUGUUGGAGAACGACACCAAAGGCAAGGUCCGCCUGCCCGCCUUGCACAUCGCCGCCCGCAAGGACGACACGAAAUCGGCCGCCCUGCUCCUCCAGAACGACCACAACGCUGAUGUCCAGUCGAAGAUGAUGGUCAAUAGGACUACUGAGAAUGGCAAGAGCGGAUUCACCCCGUUGCAUAUCGCUGCCCACUAUGGAAACGUCAACGUGGCCACACUUCUGCUGAACCGAGGGGCAGCAGUUGACUUCACAGCGAGGAAUGGGAUCACCCCCCUGCAUGUGGCCUCUAAGCGCGGCAACACUAACAUGGUUCGCUUGUUGCUGGACCGUGGCUCUCAGAUUGACGCCAAAACAAGGGAUGGUCUGACUCCCCUACACUGUGCAGCUCGGAGUGGACACGAUACAGCUGUGGAGCUGCUGCUGGAGCGAGGAGCUCCUCUCUUGGCCAGGACCAAGAACGGGCUGUCUCCUCUCCACAUGGCGGCGCAGGGCGACCACGUCGAAUGCGUCAAACACCUCUUACAACACAAGGCUCCCGUCGACGAUGUCACUCUAGACUACCUGACAGCGCUACACGUGGCAGCUCACUGCGGUCACUACAGGGUCACCAAGCUCCUGCUGGACAAGAGGGCAAACCCCAACGCCAGGGCACUGAAUGGCUUCACUCCUCUGCACAUAGCCUGUAAGAAGAACAGGGUGAAGGUGAUGGAGCUGCUGGUCAAGUAUGGAGCCUCCAUCCAGGCCAUUACAGAGUCUGGUCUGACUCCCAUCCACGUAGCAGCCUUCAUGGGUCACCUGAACAUCGUCCUGCUCCUGCUGCAGAACGGAGCCUCGCCGGAUGUCAGCAAUAUCCGUGGGGAAACUGCGUUACACAUGGCAGCCAGGGCGGGUCAGGUGGAGGUGGUCCGAUGUCUGCUGAGGAACGGAGCGAUUGUGGACGCUCGGGCGCGGGAGGACCAGACUCCGCUUCACAUCGCGUCCCGUCUGGGAAAAACUGAGAUCGUACAGCUGCUGCUGCAGCACAUGGCCCACCCCGACGCUGCCACCACCAACGGCUACACCCCGCUUCACAUCUCCGCCAGGGAGGGGCAGGUGGAGACAGCCUCAGUCCUGCUGGAGGCUGGAGCUUCGCACUCGCUGGCAACCAAGAAGGGUUUCACUCCCCUCCAUGUGGCCUCUAAGUACGGAAGCCUGGAUGUAGCCAAGCUCCUGCUGCAGCGUCGUGCUCCUCCUGAUUCUGCUGGGAAGAACGGCCUCACCCCGCUCCAUGUCGCAGCACACUAUGAUAACCAGAAGGUGGCGCUCUUGCUUUUGGAUAAAGGGGCGUCGCCUCACACCAUGGCCAAGAACGGCUACACUCCCCUGCACAUUGCGGCUAAGAAGAACCAGAUGGAAAUCGCCACGGUGCUGCUGCAGUACGGAGCAGAGACCAACAUCCUGACCAAGCAGGGCGUCACUCCGCUCCAUCUGGCCUCGCAGGAGGGUCACGCAGACAUGGCCGCCCUUCUGAUCACCAAGGGAGCCCAGGUCAACGUUCCCACCAAGAGUGGCCUGACUGCCCUCCAUCUGGCAGCCCAGGAGGACAAAGUGGCUGUUGCCGAGAUCCUAGCCAAGAACGGAGCCAACCUCGACCAACAGACCAAAUUGGGCUACACCCCGCUAAUUGUAGCAUGUCACUACGGCAAUGCCAAGAUGGUCAAUUUCCUGCUUCAGAACAAAGCUAGCGUCAACGCCAAAACCAAGAAUGGAUACACUCCCCUUCACCAAGCAGCCCAGCAGGGAAACACACACAUCAUUAAUGUGCUCCUGCAGUACGGUGCCAAACCCAAUGCAAUCACUGUGAAUGGUAACACUGCGCUGGGCAUUGCUCGGCGGCUGGGCUACAUCUCCGUGGUGGACACGCUGAGGGUCGUCACUGAGGAGAUCAUUACGACCACGACGACCGUGACAGAGAAACACAAGCUGAACGUGCCAGAGACCAUGACGGAAGUAUUGGAUGUAUCUGAUGAAGAGGCAUGGAAAACCAUCGAUGAUGACGAAAUGUCAGAUGACCUGAUGGACGAGGAAGGCGAUGACACAAUGACAGGCGAUGGAGGGGAAUAUCUGAGGCCCGAGGACCUCAGGGAGCUGGGAGAUGACUCCCUGCCAGGACAGUAUCUGGACGGAAUGAAUUACCUCCGCUUCAGCCUGGAGGGCGGACGCACUGACAGUCGAAUGCAAAGUUCAGACAGGUCCUUCACCCCCACCCACCACGGCUACUACUCCCCUAAACAUGAAGGCAUGAUGGACGAGAUGCUCACCUGUCACCAGGUUUCCACCCUCACCAGAGAGAACGAGAGGGAUUCGUACCGGCUGAGUUGGGGCACAGACAACCUGGACAACGUGGCUUUAUCCUCCAGCCCCAUCCACUCCGGCCGUUCCUCUCCGUGCCCCGAUCAUGGAGACCACAGCAGCUUCCUGGUCAGCUUCAUGGUGGACGCCAGGGGCGGAGCCAUGCGCGGUUGCCGGCACAACGGCCUCCGCAUCAUCAUCCCGCCCAGGAAGUGCAGCGCGCCGACGCGGGUGACCUGCCGACUGGUCAAGAGGCACCGCUUGGCCACCAUGCCCCCUAUGGUUGAGGGCGAGGGCCUGGCCAGCAGACUCAUCGAGGUGGGGCCCUCUGGAGCCCAGUUCCUUGGUAAACUUCACCUACCCACUGCCCCUCCCCCUCUUAAUGAGGGAGAGAGUUUGGUUAGCAGAAUCCUCCAGCUUGGCCCGCCGGGGACAAAAUUCCUUGGUCCCGUGAUCGUGGAGAUCCCCCACUUUGCCGCCCUACGAGGGAAGGAACGAGAGCUGGUGAUCCUCAGAAGCGAGACAGGCGAGAGCUGGAAGGAGCACCACUGUGAACACACCCAGGAGGAACUCAACCAGAUACUCAACGGCAUGGACGAGGAGCUGGAUACGCCUGAGGAACUGGAGAGGAAACGCAUUUGCCGCAUCAUUACCAGAGAUUUCCCCCAAUAUUUUGCGGUUGUGUCACGCGUCAAGCAAGAUAGUCAUCUGAUUGGUCCUGAAGGAGGCAUUUUAAGUAGCACGGUUGUGCCGCAAGUACAGGCAGUGUUUCCCGAGGGAGCUCUCACUAAGAGGAUCAGGGUCGGACUGCAGGCCCAACCAGUGAAUAUAGACGUGGUGAGGAAGAUGCUAGGGAACAAAGCCACCUUCAGCCCCAUUGUCACCCUGGAGCCCCGCCGAAGAAAGUUUCAUAAACCCAUCACCAUGACCAUCCCUGUACCCAAGAGCAACUCUGACCCAGGCCUCAACGGUUUUGCCGGGGACACGCCCACCUUACGACUACUCUGUAGCAUCACCGGUGGAACAACGCCAGCCCAGUGGGAGGAUAUAACAGGGACCACUCCGUUAACAUUCAUCAAUGACUGUGUCUCCUUUACUACGAAUGUUUCUGCCAGGUUCUGGCUCAUAGACUGUCGACAAGUCCAGGAGUCCGUCAACUUCUCCACUCAGGUCUACCGAGAGAUCAUCUGUGUCCCUUACAUGGCCAAGUUUGUAAUAUUUGCCAAGACACACGACCCCAUAGAGGCCCGCCUGCGCUGCUUCUGCAUGACUGACGACAAGAUUGACAAAACUCUGGAACAGCAGGAAAAUUUCACGGAGGUGGCCCGCAGCCGAGACGUAGAGGUCCUGGAAGGAAAACCUAUCUAUGCAGACUGCUUCGGAAACCUUGUCCCCCUCACCAAAAGUGGCCAGCAUCAUCUCUUCAGCUUCUUUGCCUUUAAGGAGAACAGACUAGCACUCUUUAUCAAAAUCCGAGACAACACUCAGGAGCCAUGUGGCCGGCUGUCGUUUAUGAAAGAACCCAGGAAUUACAGGUCACUUACGCAAAAUGCCAUAUGCAACCUCAACAUCACGCUCCCAUCUUACUGUAAGGAGUCCGAUUCCGACCAAGAACAAGAGGAUGAGAUCGGCAGAACACAAGAGAAAUAUGAAGAGACGGAGACAUCAGUCCUGAAAUCAGAGCUGAUUCGAGAACCAGAUCUUCUCUCCGACGUGUCAGAGAUGAAACAAGAUUUGAUCAAAAUGACCGCUAUCUUGACUGCAGACUCGACAGAUAAAUCCCCUUCCUUAGGAGGGUGUGGCCUAGAAAAGGGGACUGAGGAGGUUUCUGGAGAACCUUUAGAAAUAAUGGAGAAAGACUUAGAAAAGGUCAAAGAGGACUUAGAGAAAGUCGGUGAGAUACUGAGGAGUGGGACAUAUGAGGGGGAGGCUGCAGAGGAGGCAGCAAAGGCAGCUAGACUGGCCGAGGAGUGGGUUCUGGUCUCAGACAGUGAGAUAGAAGAGGCCAAAAAGAUGGCAGCCUUAGAAAUUCAAGAGCCUGUCUUACGUGAAAGUAGAUCUAACAGAGGGGCUCCCAGACCUAAAGCCAUAAAGGACAGCGGUGAUCUUAAGGAAUACCUCCUGGAUGCGCCAGUAAGCUCCAAAGUAAAAGGAAAAAAAGAGCCAGUUGUCCAAGAAAGAUUCACCGAUGUUGUGCUACGUAAAAGUGCAAAACCAACCACUCCAACCAAAGUGCAUGACAAAACCGCCACUGGUGACGUUAAGAAGCCUGUCAGAAGAAAGGGGAAAGAACAGGGGCAGACUGAGGAAUCAACUGAUACAGGGGCUCUUCUAAAUGUGCCUGCACCACCUGGCCCAGCAUCACCUGUAUCCCCUGUGAUUGAAGAAACACCCAUUGGGUCAAUCAAAGACAAAGUCAAAGCCUUACAACAGAAAGUGGAGGCAGAGCAAAAGAGCAAAAAGGUCACUGGAAGCAAGCCUUCUCAUUUGCCUGUUAUGAGCAAACCCUCUGCAAAAGCCAAAGAAAGCCCUAAAACAAAACAGGGCCCCCCUAAAUCACCUAGAGCUGAAUCUGAAAAACUUGAGGAGACUAUGUCAGUUAAAGAGCUGAUGCAAGCGUUCCAAACAGGGCAGGACCCCUCAAAGAGAAAGUCUGGGCUAUUUGAGUUCAAAACAUCCUCUACUACAAAAUCGGAGAAAACCACAAAAUCUGAAACCAUCCAAUCAAAGUCCACGACCAAAGCAAUAACCUCACAUGUCUCUCAAGAGCGAGAGGUAUCCUUGGAUGCCAAACCUCGCAAGAAACAGACCACUCCCCAAGACAAAAUAAAAGAAACCAAGCCAGUGGUUGCUGCCCAGUCGGAGCUAACUGAAACUGUAGACUUUGGAAAUGGUGGCCUUGAUGAUAGCUCUGACAGCUUAAAACAUGAAGGUGUGGCAGACUCACUAAGUGCCAGUUCGGGAGAUGGAACCCCUCAUUUGAGCUCUGAGGACAGUUACAAACAUGAGGGUCUAGCCACUCCAGGCACAAGCCCUGAAAGUCUGUCUCUUUCUCCAAAAACUGGACAACAGAGCUCUACAGCUUUGGAACCAACUUCUACAACAGUCAAAAAAGAAAGUAAAGACAAAGAGAAGUCUGGAGACUCUGCUGUAGGGACCACUGGUGACCAACUGUCUACAGAGUUGACCCUCCCUGUCUCCUCCAGCGAAGCUGCUGAUGACCAGACUACAAGUGAGUCUAUAUCUGUUAGGAGGAGUGAGUCUAAGCCAUCUAAACCUCAGAAGCUUUCAAAGACAAUUUCAGAGACAAUAGAAAGUUUUCUUAGUGAUGACGAGAGCCCUGAUUGUCAGCUAGCAUUGUCUUUAGUUGGUUCUCCAGCCUUAAUAUCUUCCUCUCAGCAUCAGAAAAGCUUAGAUCUGCCUUUAAAACAAGACUCAGAUGCUCUCAGUCCAUUAGGUGACGACUCCUUGACAAUAAGCCACAGAGACUCUUUAGAGGGUAGCCCUCUCAUGGAAGAAAAUUCCUCCCAUAAGUCCCCAGACUCCAUCGAACCCAGCCCAACCAAGGAAUCACCCCCGCAUGACUCCUUAGAGAGCAGCCCCGUAGAGCAAAAAAGCCACCCAUUCCUCAAAUCAACACUAGGUCCACCUAGUAAAUCCUCUAGCCAUCCAGAGCCAUCCAAACCUGCAGAAUUCCCCCAAGAUCCUUUGCGCGGUAGGCUGCUUCGAGACCAUGAGACUAGUGCUGAUGAUGACAGUUGCGAGCAGACAUCUCAGAUGACAAGCUCCGGUAAGAGUCCCCUCUCCCCUGAUACUCCUAGUUCUGAAGAGGUAAGUUAUGAGGUAAACCCCAAACCCCCUGACCAUGCAUUCCUCUCAGUUCCGUCCAAACCGGCUGUCAUCCCUGAAGAUCCAGAAGAAGAGGAGACAGCAGACAGCUAUGAAGCUAAAAGAAAAAUCACUCCAGAGGAUGAGAUGUUUAAGAUGGCAGCCAAAAUAAAAACCUUUGAUGAAAUGGAACAAGAUGAAAAAGACAAAAAGAAGUCUAGAAAAGAUUUGUUUCCCUCAGCAGAUGGAAAAAUAGGGGAUGGCAGCUGUGACACAUUAGAGCCCACAAGUGAGAACCUUGCGCAGAGUGAAUGUGGGUUCAGUAGACCCACAGAGGAUUCAAAGUUAGCUCUUUUUGUUGAUCCCCAUAUUAAAGUACAACCUCCCUCUCCUUUUUCAGCAGGUUUGCAUGAUGGACCCAACAGCAAAGAGGUCAAGGACACAACAGCAGCCAGUGUUACUUCAGAGGGACCUCACUCUGUCUCAGACCAGCAUCAAUCAAAUUCCAAACUGAAAACUGCACAGGAAGAAACACUCGUUUCCUCUGCAAAAACUGAUAAAGACAGUAGUGCCAAAAAGGCAUCGGCAUCAUACACUGAAAACAGGACCGAUGAGCAAAAGGAGGAAAGCUUAAGGAAGUCAAAGGAAAAUGAAGGAGACAAGAAGAGUGUUCAGGAGUUAGAUGUCAGCAGGCUACAGGCUGGCAUGCUAAAAACAAGUGGCAACGUAACAGAUGAAGUAAAGGGAGAUCAACAUGCAGUAGCACCAGAGGCUGGCCUCUGUGCCCCAGCCACCACAGGUCAAACAAGGGACACGUUCAAACCAGAGGUCUGUAUCUAUGAUGAUACAGAAGAAGAUGAUGAGGGACUGGAACCUCCCAGAACUGAGUCAAAAGGUGUCACUGCAAGAGCGGACCCAGACCCGUGGUCUGCCAUGCGAGAGGAUGAUGCCACUUUUGCAGCUCGUGUGAAAGAGGAGGAACAGAAGAUACUGAAUCUAGUGGUCGACCGUCAGCCUCUGCAAGCAACUCCAGACACCACACCUGGUAGAACACCAACAGAAGAUAGCACUCCUACCAGUGAACCCAACCCUUUCCUAUUCCAAGAAGGGAAGCUCUUUGAGAUGACCCGAAGUGGUGCAAUUGACAUGACUAAAAGAAGCUAUGAGGAAGAAGGGGGUGGUUUUGCUUUUUUCCAGAUAGGUGAACAGCCUUUAGAGGAACCUGUUUUAGAGGAAGCCAGGGAAGAAGGUAGGGAAUCAGUAGCAGAAUCUGAUGUUGGCCUCAAUCUAACACUAGAGGUUAAGACUGAAGAGGAUGAGAAAUCAAAAGAGACACCUGAUUCUCAGAUUCAGUCACCCCCUGAAGGUGAUCAGCCAAGUUCUAAAGCUGACGCCUCAAAAUCUAAAAUCCCUAAAAUGGGUAUUUCAGCUUCAGCUAAACCUACAAAAAAAGACCAAACAUCCCCUGAGCUUUCAGAAACUAAAACAGACAAAAAUGAAGAAUCCUUAGAUGUAGACACAAGUUCCUCUGACCAAAUGAUAACAAAUGUACAGACAGCAGAAACUACUGUGACUAGAUCGGUUUACUCAGAGCAGGGACAGGAGUCCUCUGAUUCCUCCCCAGAGGAGCCACAGUCUGUGCUAGAAGCCCCCAAAGCACCAGGCAAGCCCAAACAAACGGCGCCAAAUAGUGUUAAAAAGACUCCAGUCAAAGCAGCUAAGUCUACACCUCAAGGUCGGGGUAAAUCUACAGUUCCUUCUCCAUCUCAUGCAACUUCCUCUUCAACCACUCUUAAAAAAGAGUCCUCCUUCACUUCUGAAUCUAAAUCUAGAAUUCCCGUCAAGGCUAGCGCUGUCAAGCCAGAUUCCACUGUCAAACGUCCCGACUCAACCCAAGACAAAAAGCUUAAGGUCCCCGUAAAAAAGGAUUUAAGGAGAAAAUCUGAGACAGACGCAGGUCCCUCUGUGGAUUUCAAAACCAAGACACCAUCUUCCAAAGCCAAGAGCUUCUGUGAGGGGGAAUCUACCAGGUCACCAGCUAAAAAAGAACAGGGUCGUCCCUUGAGUGCUGAGUCAGCAAAAUCUAAAGCCUUCCAGUCCAGAUUGCCAGUCCGGGGCAAAAGUGGUCAGUCUUCUCAUUCAACAACGCCCACUAAAGAGAAAAAUGAGCCGCUCAAACAGUCCCUUGAAUUCUUUGAAGAGAUAAGUGAUGAAGCAGCAAAACUUGUGGCAAGGUUGGCGGAGGCAGAGACAGAAAAAGAGCAAGAGGCUGCAGCUGCCAUCUCAGAUGAUGAGAGCAGUAUCAUUGAUCCAUCAGUCAUAGAAAGAGAAUCUUUCCCAGAGAUGCAGUUCCGUCCCUCAGGAGACGUCUUUCCCAUUAGACCGUUGUGGGACGACCCUGUUGAGACACAGAUGCAGCGAAUCCCAGAUGAUAAAGUCCAAAGUCAAGUAGAUCCACAGGAUGAAGCAGAGAAAAAAGAGCAACGGUUGGCCAUUAUAGCCGACCACCUGGGCUUCAGCUGGACGGAGUUAGCACGGGAACUGGACUUCAGUGAGGAGAGGAUCAACCUAAUAAGAAUUGAAAACCCCAACUCACUGCAAGACCAAAGCCAUGCUCUUCUGAACCUUUGGGCAGAGAGGGAGGGAAAGCAUGCCACAGAAGCAACCCUUAUUAAGAGGCUGACCAAGAUCAACCGAAUGGACAUUGUUCACAUUAUUGAAACCAAGAUAAUGAAGUGCAUUGAAGAGGAGACAUCAUCACACACCUAUGCAGAAAUUGAGCGGACCAUAGCACUGGACCAUAGUGAAGGUUUCUCUGCCCUUCAUGAGGACUUUGACAGCCCUAGGCCAGGAAGACGCUCAGAGGCUGCACGUAGGAGCCCAGGCUCAGGACAAGAGGUACCCAUGGUAUCUGCAGAGGAUUUGUCGUCCAGUUUGUCAUCGCUUCACGAGCCGAUAGGGAUGGACUCAACAGCAACAGGCCUUCUCAGGAAUGCCCAGAAAGAGAAACUGCAGAGGGAGAUGGAAACAACACACCCGUCGCAAAGAAUAUAUGAGGAAGUGACAGACUCGGUACACACGGGCAGUUUUAAACAAGCCGACUCCCUGCCGGACAUCCCAGCCCAGACAGUCACAGAAGAGAAGUACAUGGACGAGCACGGCAACAUGGUAACCAAGAAGAUCAUGCGGAAGGUGAUUCGAAAAUACGUAUCUGCGGAUGGCACGGAGACUCAGGAAGUGACCAUCGAGGGCUCCCACCAGGAGACGGUGCAGAUAGAGGAGGGGGACACUGUCUCCAGAGUGGUGAGGAGGACUGUGCUUCGCAGUGACGGAGAUCAGAAAGAGCUGACCUUCUCAGAGCCCAUGGCCCUGGGCGCUGCCACGCCGUCCGAGUUCGAGGUGGAGCCGGUGCAGGGCCGAAAGGUCAGCAAGGUGGUGAAGACGACGGUGGUGAGAGGAGAGAGGAUGGAGAAGCAGACAGGAGACCCCUCCCUGGCUGCAGAUCUCCCCUCAGCCAGAGAGGACUUUGAGAAGGCUUUGAGUUAUGCUGGAGGCUUUGGCAAAGUGCUCCCGCCUCAAGUAGUAGAGAAAGAGAUUGUACAGGAGGACGGUUCUGUGGUUAAAAGAAGCCAGAUGCGUAAGUCGCGGACCCAGAAGAGGACCGUGGUGAGGGACGCCCAGGGGAAGCACGUGCACCUGGAGCGUCUGGACGACACCCCGGACGCCCUGCAGCCCGACGCCCUGCAGCAGCACCUGCACCGACUGCUCCAACGCUACUGCCAGGACGACCAGGAAGAAGGGGAGGUGGAGGAGGAGGAGGAGGAGGAGGAGGAAGGAGAUGAGGAGGAGGAGGAGGAGGAGGAGAGUUUUGACUGAGCAGCUGCUUCCACUGAUCCCCUCUCUACAUCUUCCACUGAACCAGAUCAAAUUGCUCCACGUCUCGUCCUCCAGAGUCUUUUUUGUUCCUUCUUUGGUUUGUGUGGAAUAACGGAACAGUAUUUUUGUGCUUUAACUCUUUUCCUUUGCUCUGAUUGUGACCAAAGAUAGCGCCUUCCAUUGUUCGAUUUUUGUCCGUUUUUUUUUUUUUUUUUUUUUUAAGCCUCCGUCUGCUGUGGUGCGAUCGAGGCACGACGUCCGGCAUGGGUCGGAUCAGAGCGGAAAGGGAAAGGGGAGGGGGGAGGGUAGGAGGGGGGCAACAAUCUGGGACUAUUUCCCCCCUCGCGCACUGGCCUCUUCUUGAAGAGCUCUUGUAAACAUUUGUACAUAGAGGAGAUGAAAAGAAAAAAAAAAUCUUGUGCUUGGACCGGAAAAAAAAAAAACAAAACAACAAAAAGCAGAAAAAAUUCAAAGCAUUUAAUACAUUAGCCCACCUAGACCUGCUGUACAUGCACCGACUCAGCUGGAGAAUGGAAGAGAUUAAUGUUCCCACAGGACGAGGGGAUGUGUUGUGUUGUUUCAUCGCAAACUCUCGACACAGCCGAACCACAGCCUGCUGACCCGUUUACAAGAGGCUGUGCGGUCACACCUUCUGUCUUCCCAUGAUGCAUCUGAAGCCUUUUAGUUGUUUGUGUGUGUGUGUGUGUCCCUCUAACCAUCACAUUUCAUCUUGCGUGUACAUACUGAGAGAGAAGCUGAUGUGUUCUGAUGCAGACCGCGCACUUAACCACCUCAAACCUGCGGCAACACUCGCGUAUCCUUCCUCCGUUAAGCCUUGUAAAGGAGAGGUCUGGCUCUGCUACUCUCUUCUGUCAACAAUUCAUCUAAAAGGAACCAAAACCAGCUCCAUGUUAUUUCUAUAUAAUUUCUUUUGUCUUUUCAUGCCACCGUCCCCUGGUCCAACUCAUUUUAGUUUUGGGGUGGAGGGGUCAUUCAUUUGUAACAUAACGCAACAAUAACCUAUAAGUAACGACAACUACAGACAUUUUCCAUUUGUUUUAGAGCAAAGAAGAAGAACGAGUCAAUUAGAUGAACAUUUACAUUUUAUUAACUAUCCUUAAAAAAAAAGGAAAUUUAUUAAGAAAAAUAAGCGUAAAUUGAGUAAAUUUGUGCUGUGGCCAGGAUUAGACCCUCUGGCGGGCCGCUUUUGGCCUAUGGACCUUAUGUUUGACACCUCUGUUUCAGGUGGUUCUUUAAAUCUAUUAAACCUCCGGUUGCCGUCCAAGUCAAAUGUGACCCAUCGCUUUUUCUUAAAUCGAGGUGUAAUAAAUUAAAGGAUACAACAGGAACCAGUGGAUGGUAAGUUAAUAUAUAGUGUUUUUCUAUGUGAGGCCUUCUCAUGUUUUUUUCUUUUGUUUGUUUUUUUGUUUUUCUGAUUGUUUUUUGCUGGUUUUGGUGUUCUCCUGAUAUUUGUUGACACGUAAGGAAAGUAACCCCACCAGACUUUUCCCUUUUAGUGUUUUUUUUUCUUUUGUUCCCUGUAGCUUUGCAUUUAACGCCGAUGUCCAUUUGAACUUUCUCUUGUAAUUAUCAAAGGAUUGAAAUCCGAGCAGAGGCCAACAACUCCCCCUUCAGACUGCACUUGUCCGUCGCAUCCUUAUUUAUUUAUUGCCGUCUGUGUGUGUGCGCGUGUGUGUGUGCGUGUGUGUUUGAAUGUGAUCUAAAGGUGAAUAAAAAAAUCAAGUGAUCUAUUUUUUUUUUUUUUCCAAAUCGUAGACGGACGUUUCGUUACGUUCAUCCACCUUUCAGACUCUUCAUGUGUGUACUCCUCACGUUGCCAUUGACUUUUUGAGUGUGAUUCACCGGGAGAAUAAUGAUAAAAAAAAAAUAAAAAUAAAAAAACAAGAAACAGAGAGCGACAAUUUGAUAAGUGAGCAUCUUGUUUCCAUGGUGAUGACAAUGUUAUACAUAUUAACAGUGCAAAUAUCUAACGCGGGCAUGUCUGACUUUAUCAAAUUGUUCCUUUAAAAAAAAUGAAAUAAAAACUUAACCUGAAACGCUAACAAGGCAUAGCAGCUGCAGUGUGUACAUGGCAGAACAAUAAAAACUGUACAUGUGUCAAA